CUUUUGGUGUCUCUUCAAAAUGUGCUUCUGGAUGGUGGGAGUUCUGUGUGUGCUGAUGUGUUUGGGAAAUCAUCAGGCUCAAGAAGCCAACCCAGCCAUCUCCAUGCCGGACAGAAUCAGAGUGGCUCUGGCAGGAGAAACGGUCCAUUACAAACUCAGAGUGACCAUCCCAAUGAAUCAGAGCUCCAGCGACUUAGUCUGCUCUGGGCCUCCAGACCAAAAGAAGAUAAAAGAAUGGAAUAUUCUAUUUUCUCCUGAAACAAAAACAAGAAUAUUUAAUUGGGAAAUAACAGCAUAUAACAGUUCGUACUCAGGAGAGUAUAACUGUAAGUAUAAAAAUGUGGAGAUCUUCUGGACCCUUCUGGUGAAAGACGAGGGGUACUGGCAGCCUUACUCUGGUUUCAGCCUUUUCAUCGUGUUGGGGGCUCUUACCACAGGCCUUCUCAUCUUCAGUGUGAUCGGCUCCAUAUAUGUGUUCAAAAGCCAAUGGGUAAGAGAUUUGAGAAAGGUUUGGUGGAGGUUUUGAAACCCUGUAUAUUUUUGUACCCUUCUGUUGUGGUUGAUAUGUUGUCAUUGUAUCAGUCCGUGUUUGUGUGUUAACUUGUGAUUUCCAGGGUCAAUUUCUAUUGAAGAAUGGAAGUACCGGUAGUGGAGUAAGCAGAAGGAAUAGAGGGGAGAAUGAAGAGGAGGAGGAGAACAGUAAAACA